AUGCAUUACCAUCUCGCGGAGAAAGGCUCGGGGGCUGCAAGGGUUGCGCCGGAUGCAGCAGCGGCGGCAGCGGGUUGCUCGUCCAGGGACACCGCCGCGCUCCCGCCAUCUGAGCCGGCUGAGGCUGAUGUCGUCACAGCAGGCCCUCUGCUGAGGCUGAGCGACCCCGACUUGGAGCGGGAAUUCUGGCGGGUGCACAACAGCUCGGCCGGGCUGCUAUUCGACGGCGCGGGCUGCCUGCUGAGCAUGUGGCUGCCGCUGGCCUACAUCCGCUCGUUCCUGUCGGCCCACCACGCCUGGCGUGAGCGCGGCCCCCUCGCCCGCUACUGUGCGCCGCACGCCGCCAUCCUCUCGGCGCUCGCGCUGCAGCUGGCGCUCCUGGCGCUCGCGCCGCGCGCGUACCGCCGGCGGCGGAUGGCGGCGCACUUUGCGCUGCGCGCGCUGCGGCUGGGCAUGAACGUAUAUGGCACCCUGAUUACUCGUGACGCGCUGGAUUUCUGGCGCGCCCAGCUGCUCGCCGGCGGCGCCUCCCCGCGCCGCUCGCUCGCGGCCACGAUUUGCGGCCUGCCGCUCACCUUCCUCCUCAUGACUGUUGUCAACCCUUGCCCCUUCGCCUUCCAGCCGGCACUGGGGGCAGCGACGCUCGCAACGUACGCCUUUGGGUGGUCCUCCGGCCUGCCGCUGGUCUGGCAAGACGAGAAGCUGGCGGAAGCUGCCCGCGCGCUGUGCAGGGGCCUGAGUCUUGGGCUGAUUGCAGCGGAUUCGGCAGCACUGGCCGUUUUUGGCUGGGUCGGCCCUGGGGUCGUGGGGGUGGCCUCCCGCGCGCCCCCCUCGCGCGAGCUGUGCUGCUGCCUGCUGAGGACCCUGGCUAUGGCGCUGAUGCUGGCUGUCGGGGUCGCCCUGCCAAACGUCAUUGGCUGGUGGGUCGAGUACCGCUCUAAGGCCCAGUUCCUGCUGCGCUCCCGCGGCAUUGCGCUGCACCUGCGCUCCCGCUCGGUCGCGCGCUGCGGUGCCUGGCUGCGCGCGCGGGGCCUGCUCGAGGGGGCCCCGGCGGGCGGCUGGCCGGCGGCCGCGCCCGGGCUGGCGGCGGGCGGGGCGCUGCUGCUGUGGCGGCUGGCUGACUUGCUUGUGGCGUCCACCAGCCGUGCCUGCCGCUCGGUGUGCGCGUGA